CUCUUAGAUCACGUGACUGUGUUUACAGGCAUCCGGAGAAACAUGGAGGACACCGCUGGCAGUAAUCCCCAAUCUCUCGGAUUUACAGAGAAAUUAAAGUCUUGGCUCUCUUGGUCAUGGACCUAUGUGUGCUUCAUUUGGUUCGGCAUGGUGCUGAUCAUGAUAUACGUCCUGUGGAGCCCGCUGAAACUGCAGGAAACUCUCACCUCAGCCUCAGUGUUUUUGAAUACACUGACCCCCAAAUUCUAUGUGGCUCUCACUGGAACCUCCUCUCUCAUCUCUGGACUCAUCCUUAUAUUUGAGUGGUGGUAUUUUCGUAAAUAUGGGACCUCAUUCAUUGAACAAGUGUCAGUGAGCCACCUGCGUCCUCUUCUGGGUGGAGUGGAGAGCAGCUCCACGACUGGUCUGUUUGCGUCAGUUAACGGAGAGGCGGAGCCUAGGCCCAGUGUUUCAGAGUGUAAGGUCUGGAGGAAUCCUUUGAAUCUGUUCAGAGGAGCAGAAUACAACAGGUAUACCUGGGUAACAGGGAAGGAACCCUUAACAUACUAUGAUAUGAACCUGUCUGCUCAAGACCAUCAGACUUUCUUCACAGGAGACACUCCACAGUUAAGACCAGAAGAUGCUGUGAUGCAGAAAGCCUGGAGAGAGAGAAAUCCUCAAGCCAGGAUCAGAGCAGCUUACCAGGCCAUAGAAAUGAACCACGAAUGUGCUGCAGCCUAUGUGCUCUUAGCAGAGGAAGAAGCCACAACCAUCACAGAAGCUGAACGGCUGUUCAAAAAAGCACUGAUUAUUGCAGGAAAAGAUAUCAACUUACUGGUGUACAUUAAACGCAGACUGGCAAUGUGUGCACGCAAGCUGGGACGGAUUAAAGAAGCGGUGAAAAUGAUGAGAGAUUUAAUGAAGGAGUUUCCACUUUUGGGAAUGUUAAAUAUACAUGAAAACCUCUUGGAGGCACUUCUAGAGCUUCAGGCAUAUGCUGAUGUCCAAGCAGUCCUUGCCAAAUAUGAUGACAUCAGCUUGCCGAAAUCCGCCACUAUAUGCUACACAUCUGCACUGUUAAAAGCACGGGCUGUAUCAGAUAAGUUUUCUCCAGAGGCCGCGUCACGGAGAGGGCUAAGCACAGCAGAGAUGAAUGCUGUGGAGGCCAUACACAGAGCUGUUGAGUUCAAUCCACAUGUGCCAAAGUACUUAUUAGAGAUGAAGAGCCUGAUCCUCCCUCCAGAGCACAUCUUGAAGAGAGGUGACAGCGAGGCAGUGGCAUAUGCUUUCUUCCACCUGCAGCACUGGAAGAGGGCAGAGGGAGCCUUAAACCUACUACACUGCACCUGGGAGGGCACCUUUAGGAUAAUCCCCUACCCACUGGAGAAGGGUCACCUGUUUUACCCCUACCCAGGAUGCACAGAAACAGCAGAUAGGGAACUGCUGCCCUCUUUCCACGAGGUGUCUGUGUACCCAAAGAAAGAGCUUCCCUUCUUCAUCCUCUUCACAGCAGGCCUUUGCUCCUUCACUGCCAUGCUGGCCAUGCUCACACAUCAGUUCCCGGAGCUCAUGGGUGUUUUUGCCAAAGCAUUCUUCAGCACACUCUUUGCACCCCUGGGUUUCUUCGCAGACAAGAUGGAAAGCUUCAUGCCGUCCAGUUUUUGGCACCAGCUGACUCGAAUCUGACCCCAUCUCUCUCUCACACACAGACACAAACACACACAAGCACACACACACACACACACACACACACACAGACACCAAUAUACACACACUCCAGACCCUCGGACAAAAAGUGUUUGCUCUCCUGUCUUCAGCAUUACUGUCCACUUGCUGCAUUGUCACUGAUUAUGUUGGCUGAGGUUGUAUCAACAUGGCAAUAUCACGCUAAAGAUGCUCUCCCACACUGUUCCAACAGCCGCAGUUUUUCCAAGAGCACAUUUAGUGAAUACCAUUUGCAAUGAUUACAUAGGGUCGUUCAUCAGCCAUGAUGUUAGCAAUGGGCAAAUUCAAGUUUUUGUGUAUCCCACAAAGCAUUGCUGCAUAUAUUUGGUGCAAAAAUCUAAUUAGGAAUUUAAUAGAGGCACUUCAUCGCAAUAAUAAAUUCAAUAAAAUCAUGAAAAAAGCAUGUUUUUAAUACAUAUCAGACUACUGUCAGAUGAGUUAGUAACAGAAAAGACAAAAAACAAUGUACAUUAUGUACAUUAAGGAUGUUUUAAGGAUUUGUUCACUGAUAUAACCCUGUUAAUUUAUUUAUUUGUAUCACAAAAGAUCCCAUUGGAUAUCUGGGAUGGGAACCUAUGUGUCCUAUAUCCUCCUCUAAGUGUCCAGCAGACAUCCAGUGGGGAAGAUUUAAACGUCUGUAAGAAAAGGGGAAAAAAAGCUAUAAUUUACAGCUUUAGAGUGCCUGCAGUGUAUACAACGCUUCUGCAGUUUCACAGUUGUUACUAUGGCAUGAGACCCCAGCACUACAUCACUGGGGCAACCCCCGCCCCUGUAACACCGAAAUGUAAAUGGCAUCAUCACUGGUCACAGUUAAGCCUGUCAUGGCGUCACUCAUUUCUGCUGAUUGCACUACAGUGUUUCAAACACCAAACAAAAAUGAAAGAGGCAGACAUUGCCAUAGUCAUACAGAGAAUUAACCGGCACAGGCAACCUAACAAUAGCUGUAAUACACGAUGUUACAGUAGUUCUAAAUAAACAGACAAGCCCGCAGAGAAGCAUUUGGAAAUAGGGGACAAAAUGAAUAGACACGCACAGACAUAUUGUACAAAGGAAGCUAUUGUUUUACUUUGUAUGUACAAAAUCACUUGCUUUGCCUUUGACUGUGUCUGUUCAUUGUGUUGAUUCUUCUAAAUGUAAUGUAAAACUAACCGGUAAUGUAAUAACCUGUCAGAAACAAAUGUACCUGGUUCUAAAUCGUGAAAAAAAAGCCUGUACAUGUAACAUAUAAUCCUAUUAUCGGUGUAAAACAUAAUGAUUGACCUUAACAACACUUAAUUGUUGUUGAUGAGAACAUAAUGCUACAUCAUCCACCAUUUUAUUACAUUAACAGGUUUACUUAAUUUAGACCACUUAAGCCGCCAUUGUUGACUUUAUUUUGUCAAUUGUCGACUACAAGAACAUUUACUUUACACCAGAAUCUACUGUAAAUGACAAUUAUACCAACAACUCUUCUCUCUACUUUUAAUAAUAAAUUGUGAUAAUGAAGUGCCUUUUAGUACAUCACAAUAGUUAAACACACCAAUUUGGAAUUUACGGCACCUAAAGUAUUAUUGUCAAGUUGGCAACUCUGUUCAGCUUUGAUGGAUUCAAUGAAAUACACAGACACCUUCAGAAAAUGUAUUUAUAACAGAACUGCUGAUGUUUUAUUAUAUUUUUAAUAACCCCGGUCUACUCUUAAGAUUCAGUUUUGAGCAUCUCACUCCAUGGUCUGUAAUACGCCUGUUUCAAUUUCUGACACUUGAAAUUUUAAAGUACAUGCUGAAGACAGGAGAUUGUUUAAAAUAUUGUAACUACUCUUGGAUGAGUUUGAAGGCAAAACUUACAAUAAAUGUCUCUUUCAGUGCAA